AUGGAGCCCGCCCCAGCCCCCGCCCCCGCCACCGCGUCGCCCGAUCCGGCGCCCCGCUCUCCGGCGCCAUCGCCGGCCAAGAGGUCCGCCUGGAAGCAGCCCUCCCCCUCCUCCGCCACCAACGGCGCCCCGCACGCCGACGCGCCGCCGCCGCCCGCCGUCAUGGACGCCGACCACUGGCCCGCGCUCGCCGACGCUGCCAAGACCAAGACCCUGCUCCCGGCCACCUCCGACUCCCCCAAGCCUCCCCCGGACCCUUCCCCCGCCGCCGCCUCAUCGGCCAUGGCGAACCCGUCCAACUCGCCCAGGCACGCCUCCGGGACGCACCACGGCCGCCACAAGACGGCCCGGCGCGGAGGCGCCGGCGGCGGAGACCACUCCCCGCGGGAACACCAUGAGAGGCCAGCAGCCGGCUUUGACCAUGGCGGCAGCGGCGGGAGGGGUGGCCAGAGAAGCCACCACAACAACAACAACGGCGGAAGGAGGGGCGGUGGCAACGGUGGCCCGGGCGGCCCAGGAGGCGGUGGACUUCCUCAUCACGGCGGGUUUGGGGGCCGCCGGAGAGGCGGGUAUGAUGGUGCCUACUACCGUGCACCAGGAGGGAUGGGCAUGGGGCCGUACAUGCGGGGCGCGCCGCCGCCCCCGCAGCUGGCCGUAGCUCCUAAUCCCUACAUGGGCGCCCCUCCGCCGCCCGGCUCGCACAUGCGAGCCUUUCCUGGACCGAUGAUGGGAUACCAUGAUAUGACAUCGCCAGUGUCUCCUGUUACCCCAGUUUACUAUGUUGGGCCCCCGCCGCCUCCAGAGGCUCUCAGGGGAAUGGCAUUCGCACCUCAUAUGGUCGGGCCACCUGCUUAUCCUUGCUUUCAGCCCCUGGCUGAGCUUGAACCUGAGCCUGAGCCUGAGCCCGAGGCUGAGCCCGAUUCCGAGGCUAAAGGCCAGAAGCUGCAGAACCAGUUUGAGUUCUACUUCAGCAAGGAUAACUUAUGUGGAGAUGUUUACUUGCGGCAACAUAUGGAUGAGGAGGGCUUUGUAUCCAUCCCUUUUAUGUCAACUUUCAAUAAGGUCCGGGAAAUCACUGCUGAUAUUCCUAACGCCAAUUUGCAGUAUAUAAUUGAAACAAUUCAGUCCUCAUCUAUACUGGAAGUGAAGGGCGACAAAGUUAGGAGGAAAGAUGAUUGGGACAAAUGGCUGAUUCCUCGAGAGAGCAACCCUAAUAUUGUGUCAAGCUCUGCAGCAGCUGUGCCAAGCCCCAAUGUGAAUGAUCUGACAGCACACCUUGGUGGCGUGGGCCUGCAUGAACCAGCUGGCCCUAGUAGCAUGGUGGACCAAAACCACCAUGAGGUAGUCCAGAAUGGAUCAGCUUCUUCCAGCAAUAACCCAGCACCGGCAGCUGAAGAAAGCGCUGGUCAGCGCUAGACACACACUGUCUCCUUAUAUCACACUAUGACUGCAAGGGUUUUUGUCCGAGCGCGAGUGACGAGAGUAGAAAUGAUGAUUUUUGGAAGGUGGUAUGCUUGUGGGGUUGCAUUAGACUGACAAGUGGGUUUAUUUUGCGGGGUUGAUGUGGCUUUCUGGUUGUUGGUGAACAUCGGUCUAGUUGAAACGAUAGGCGGGCAAACAAAAAGGUUUAUUGUGCAGGGGGGCAUCAAACAAGAUGAGGGGGGAGAAGCUGAAGAAGAGGAUGAAAGACGCUGGUUAGGGCCUAGUUGCUUAGUAUGCGAUCCCCGACCGGUUAUUUUGGCCAUGUGGGUUAAUUGAAGUCCAAAACUCUGUCUGGUUUCUUCCCCCCCAUUUGGAUUGGAUGUAAACCUCCAUUUUUUGACGGAGGAGGAUGAUGUGAUGAACUUUCUUGUCAGCUGUUUGGCCAAACGAGAAUGUUGUACAACUCCUUGGUGUACUAUUUUACAGAUAUUUUCUCUCUUGCUCUGUUUA